AUUGAAGCUUAACUAUGACUCUCACCGAAACCAGCCUGUCUCACAAUGCCGAAGAGGGAAAGGAUGAGGGAGGCCGCCUUCAACAGUACAAGAAUCUCACCAAGCAUGAAGAGCUCCGUCGUCGUCGUACUGAAUGCAGUGUUGAAAUUCGAAAGCAAAAAGGAGCGGACAUGAUGAUGAAACGCCGUAACAUCGUCGACGUCGAUGAAGGUGGCAAUUCGGAAUCGGAGCUCGAGGAGCCAGAGAAGAUAUCUCAUCAGCAAUCAUCAACCCGUUUGUCAAAUGAUGAGAUUAGAGCUAUUCUCUCCAACAAUCCAUCGGAAGAUGAUAUGGUUCGAUGCUUCGAGUCGUUGAGAAAAUCACUAUCAAAGACGAAGAAUCCACCUAUUGAUGAAGUCAUUCACUGCGGUUUGCUUCAGGCUUUGGUUCAGGCAUUGAGCGUUGAGAACGAGCGUGUUCAAUAUGAAGCAGCUUGGGCUCUUACCAAUAUCGUUUCCGGUUCCACCGAGCAAACAAUUGCAGCUGUUGAAGCCGGAGUAACAAUUCCACUGAUCCAUCUUUCAGUUCAUCAGAGUGCGCAGAUCUCGGAGCAAGCUUUGUGGGCAGUCGCUAACAUUGCUGGAGACUCAUCUCAACUUCGUGAUUAUGUUAUUAAAUGCCAUGGAGUGGAGGCGUUGAUGCAUUUGAUGGAGAAAGUCGAUCAACUGGGAGAUUCGCAUGUUCGUACCAUUGCAUGGGCAUUCUCCAACAUGUGCCGUCAUAAGAAUCCACAUGCCCCAUUAGAAGUUCUUCGUGUUCUGUCGAAAGGUCUUGUCAAACUUGUUCAGCACACGGACCGUCAAGUCCGUCAAGACGCAUGCUGGGCUGUUUCUUAUUUGACUGAUGGACCAGAUGAGCAAAUCGAAUUGGCACGAGAAAGUGGUGUGCUUCCUCACGUCGUCGCUUUCUUCAAAGAAGCUGAAAACCUUGUUGCUCCGGCUCUCCGAACUCUUGGUAAUGUUGCAACUGGAAAUGACUCGCUGACACAGGCGGUUAUCGACUUGGGAUCACUCGAUGAAAUUCUUCCAUUGAUGGAAAAGACGCGAUCAUCAAGCAUUGUGAAGGAGUGCUGCUGGUUGGUGUCCAACAUUAUUGCUGGAACUCAGAAGCAGAUUCAAGCUGUCCUCGACGCAAAUCUUCUCCCAGUUCUCAUCAAUGUUCUGAAGUCGGGAGAUCACAAGUGCCAGUUCGAGGCUUCUUGGGCUCUUUCUAAUUUGGCUCAAGGGGGAACAAAUCGUCAAGUUGUCGCCAUGCUUGAAGACAAUGUAGUGCCUGCUUUGUGCCAAGCCCUUCUUCAAACUAACACUGAUAUGCUGAAUAAUACUUUGGAGACUCUGUAUACUCUUAUGCUCACUGUUCAGAAUGGUUACCCUCACAAAGUGGACAUUCUUCACGACCAAGUCGAAGAGAAUGGUGGACUUGACAGUUUGGAGCGCCUCCAGGAAAGUCAAUCGGAGCAGAUCUAUACUCAGGCUUACCGCAUCAUCACUCAAUUCUUCACCGACGAUGAUGCUGGAGAGAAGGAGUCUCAUGAGAAUGCCGAUCCACAAGAUAACAAAUGGAGUUUCUAAAUUAUUUCACACUUAUCAUCAUUCUAGUAGUCAUUUCAUAGUAACAUUCUUCUUUCUCACAUUUAACAUUGGAUUGUUUUUUUUAGAAUUACCCUCAUCUGUGUGUAUUACCCGUAUUUAUAUUUGACCCCGUUUUAACUGAUCUCUUCACUUUAAAUUGACAAUUUGUUUAGAAUGAAAAGAAAGUGGAACA